AUGUUGGAGGAAUCCAGAAUGGAAAAGAAAUCUUUGAACCGAACUUCUCAACCACAGUCGAGGGCAUCAGCCAUCGACUGUAAAAAAAACACUGAAUCAACUCCUAGGCCUUGGCCUCGUAAUAAUAAGAAACGUGAAGGACCUGGUAGUACCCCCAAAAAUGAACCUAACAGAAAAAAUGCACCACCACAAUAUGGUAGGGGACAGUAUGAUAGGAGAUCACGCACUCGUGGAUCCACUGGUUACCAUGUGGGUGGAACGCAGAACACCAGGCUAGGACGGGAUGAAGAGCCAGAAAUUGGCUCAGUCUUUGUGCCCGGAAGCAAGAAGCAAAAUAUGAACCAUUUGCUGAACUUUUCUUACCCCUCUCGUGGAGUGCCAGAGCAUAGGGGCCACCAGGUUAGACGUCCUGGGUUCCAGAACCGUGGUCCGAGUCGUCAUGGACAUGACCAUUAUUUGAGAGCUUAUUGCCAGUUUGUGAUAAAGGAAGACGGAGAUAUUAAAGCUAAUCUGUUGGAUCCAGAUAUCCCAUUAAAGUGGGAUCAUAUUGAAGAAGUUGUGGUCCGAGCUACAGGUCGCUCGAAGUGUCUUAUAUGUUUGGGACCUCCUGCGGCGGGUCGCGUGUAUCGUUGCGGCCACAUUUACUGCUGGGCCUGCAUUCUCCACUAUGCUGCAACCCACGACAAGCAACCACCUCCAUGUCCAAUGUGCUCUACACCAUUGCACGUUGAUGACAUGAAACCCAUAAGAAUUGUAGAAUGGGAACCAGAAACAGAAGAGGUAACUAUGCGUCUCGUACGCCGUCUGCGAGGAUCCACUGCUGUGGAAAUGGCGCCACCACGUGGACAAGUGAUAGAGGCAAUGCCACCAAUUUUGCCUCUAGAAAAUAUCAACAAUGCACCAUAUACUAAAAUGUUCUCUGCCACUAAGCAACAGAUCCAUGAAAUCUUAAUAAGAGAGAGGCAUGAAAUAGAAAAUCAAAUAUUGGCAGAGAUAGACACAACUGAGAUAGUUUACUUAGAACAAGCUUUACAAAUGCUCAAGUCCAAAGAGGAAAAUAUCAAUCUUAGAUUCAGUGAGCCAAAGUUAACUAUAAAUGAAGAAACUGAAGCUGUAGUUCCUACGGUAUAUGAAAAACUGGAAGAAAACCAAAAUAAAUUAGAUUGGUUUGAUGUAAAUGAAGAGGGGGCAGCUGCAUGUGCUGAAAUAAUGCAAGAAACCAGUGACGCUGGAAUGGGAGAUACAAAUGAAAAAGAUCGUGCAUCACCUAAAAAUCUAGAAUUGUUGGAUGAAAAUGAAGCUGGAGCUGCUUGUGUUGACAUUAUACAUAAUAAUAUGGGGGCAUUGAAUCUUAACACAGUCGAUUCUAAUUUAAAUCCAGAAGCCCCAUCAUUUGACAUAGAUGAAAUGCAGCCAGAGGAAAUUCCUUUGACUGAAUGUAUUGUUCAGGAAACAAAACAACUUGAAGAUAAUGCUACUACGGCCAUUGAUAAACUCAACCUUAAAAAAUUCUUUUAUUUUUAUCAAGCUGAAGAUGGGCAGCAAAUAUUUUUACAUCACUUGAAUGUGCGCAUUCUAAUUGCAUCAUGGGGCGCCUUAGCUGCAGCUCCGCAAGUAAUACGUGGACGUGUGUUGCACCGGGAAACGUUUUCACUCACUGAGCAGGAACGACAACACAUGCCCUGUACUGCACAUUUACCUCUCUUUUGUGCUUAUGAUAUUGUUGAGUUAGAGCUACAACCGCCAUAUGUCACUGAAUCAGGAUUGAACCAGUAUGCCGUUGAGUUAAAACGUCGUGCACAGGCGCGCGCACGUCGUAAACGUGAAGAAAAACUCGCCAACCGUCGCGCUGCAGAGAAUCAGCAAAGGCCAGACCUAUCCUCAUUCCCACCUUAUUCCAGCUCGCCACCUUAUUCCAGCUCGUCACUUAAUUCUAACCCGCCACUAACUCCAUCCCUAGAAGAACCGUCUACCAGCGUUGGGUCUCCGCCUUCAGGAGUAUCUUAUUCUCAGAUGGCGGGCAACAGUGGUACUUGGCGUCAACGUAAGGCGCCUGCUGCACCACCACCGCCUCCUCCUGCUGCCCCUACCGUCGAUGAAGUAUCCGCUCCUCGUAUGCCAAUGCUGAGUGAUUUUGUAUUCGCUAACCGAGGUCCUUCCAAGAAAAACAAGAAAUCUAAGCGGAAUCAUUAA